CAUGAAAGUUCGUCACACUGUGAUCUGCUUCUUCUUCCUCACACUGCAGGAUGGAAACACUGGUCUCAUCAAUGCAGAAAUCCUCAUAAAGGAGGGAGGAAACAUCACACGUGCAUGUUCCUUUAAACUCUCUGGAAGCAGGAAAAUCUUCUGUAGGAAUGAAUGUGAAGAACAAGACAUUCUCGUUGAAACAGCUGGUGACAGAGCUCAGAGCGGCAGAUACAGCAUUGAAUAUAAAGAAGGAUCUUUUCCAGUAUCUGACACACUUCUGUAUGUGAGCAUCACAAAUCUGACCAAGUCUGACUCAGGACGGUACAGAUGCAGUUUGGACAGAUAUUGGGCUCCAGAUUCAUAUGAGGAGUUUGACAUCAGAGUUGAAGAUGAUUCAACCACUUCUAAACCAAACUGGACUCCCAGACCUUUAUCAUCAUCGGUCCCAUCAGCCUCCACACUGACGACAACAAAGAGUUUAAGCUCCAGUUCAGGAAGCUCAAAACCUUCAUCAGCCUCUCCUGAAGCCACCAAGCAGACUCAUCAGGAACAUAGAACACCAGCUACAGGUCCAGGUGCGCUGCUGUAUGUGGGUCUGAUUCUGGUCGUCAUGAUCAUCAUAUUAUCAGUGGCUGUGCUGAUAUUCUGCAGGAAGAAAACCAGUAAACCCAAAGAACCUCCUGUGGAAAUGGAGUAUGCUAAUGUUGCAGAGCCUGACAGAGUAUAUGAAGAGAUCAGAAAUGAAGACACACAGAGCAGAUCUCCUCCUGUAGAAAUAUCUACAGUUUACACUUACACCAAACCAAAUGGAGUUGAGUAUGAAAACUACAGCUUUGUCGCUACAGCAAGUUCUCAGAAGAUAACCGAAGAUGACUCGAGUAACCUCCCCUACUCUCAAGUGGAUUUUUCCAACAGCACAGCUGCCUCGGUCAACAGCGCCCCCCGUGGCGAUGCAGAUAAAGUCGUCUACUCUGUGCCUCGGGUAGAAGCUAGCUUGGACGGCAGCCAUGCUGAAGACACUUCUCUUCUGUACUCUACUGCUACUUAACAUCAGCAGUAACUUCAUUUAUUCUCUCAGAAGCCAACAGGUGAACAUAAAACAGGUUAAAGCUUCAAGUUAGAUCUACUUCAAGAACAAAUUCAGCUUAUCUUAAAUACACUGAACAAAAUUAUAAAUGCAACACACCCAGACAUCAUGAGCUGAACUCAAAGAUCUAAGACUUUCUCUAUGUACACAUAAGGUUUAUUUCUCUCAAAUAUUGUUCGCAAAUCUGUCACAAUCUGUGUUAGUGAGCACUUCUCCUUUUCUGAAAUAAUCCGUACACUUCACAGGUGUGGCAAAUCAAGAUGCUGUUCAGACAGCAUGGAUAUUGCACAGGUGUGCCUCAGGCUGGCCACAAUAAAAGGUACAAGUUAGUGUUAAAUAUUUGAGCUAAAAUUCGGGCCAACAGUUUUCAUGGAGAACUAUUUUCUACCUCCCGUGUGACUACCGGCUGCUGUUAAAUUAUAGACUCACUGAAAGUUCAGCCCAGGGACGUGAGUGAACAGCCUCUAAUGUUAUGAUUAUGAAAAAUUAUGUGGUGAAAAAGGAAGUUCAGUCUAUACAGAGUGUGGAUGAAUGCCAAUAAGGGAGACGACCAUUUCUUCUUCAGGAUCACAGAUACAAACAAAAUCAAAGUGCUGCUCAGUACAAUCUCUUGAACAUUUCUUACUUACACAAUCUUUGCCACUGAUGGAAGCUUUAACGCGUGCAGUGAUGUCGUACAAAUGAUUUACCUCCUUCUGCACUGAUAGCCAGUUAGCGGUCACAGUAUGGAAAAAAAGUUCUGAAUGAAAACUGUUCACAGGUCUGAAAAUUUCAAUGAAUUAAUCCACGGUCAACAGUAAUGUUGUUGGUGACAAAUUGUCAGUCAGUUACUAAGUUUUAAAAUGGUUUUUGGUGUGAUUGAAAAAGUUGUCAACAUUUACAAAAAUGUAAAUAUGUUUUGUUUUUUUUAUGUUCACCAGUCAAGACAAUUUUAUAAGUUGUUAUUUAUUGCAU